AGAAACACCAGCUCAAAACCAUUUAUGCCCAUCACAUCCAAGCAGAAGGACCAACCUUCAGGAGAAACUUCACACAAAGACAUGGGAGAAGAAUCUACCACUCAAUAUUAUGAUAUGGAUUAUGGUGAUGAAAUGUGUAAUAAGAGUGGUGUGAUCAAGUUUGGAUCCAUUGCAACCCCCAUAUUCUUCUCCGUGGUGAUUGCACUGAGCCUCGUGGGAAACAUUUUGGUUCUGGCAAUCUUAGCGUUGUAUGAAAACCUGCGAUCGCUCACAAACACUUUCAUCCUGAACCUGGCCUUGUCAGAUUUGGUCUUCACCUUCGGGCUGCCGUUUUGGGCCUUUUAUCACAUGUGGGGCUGGACGCUCGGAGAACAUGCCUGCAAGGCUGUGAAUUUCAUCUUUUUUACCGGCUUCUACAGCAGCAUUGUCUUCCUGACCAUGAUGACCAUCCAUCGCUAUCUGGCCGUGGUGCAUCCGCUGUCCGACUUUGGCUUGAAUAAGUGUUGUUACGGCAUCACGACCUCCAUCGUUAUUUGGAUAAUGAGUUUCCUCGCGGCGGUUCCUGCCCUACUUUUCAGCGAAGUUCAAAAAGACGAUCACGAUCCCAGCGUUUUGCGCUGCGAAUACAGAGAUAAAACUUGGAAAAUAGUUGGGAUGUACAUACAAAACGUGUUCUUCGUGCUUGCCUUUUCAGUGAUUGCUUUCUGUUACAUUCGCAUUUUGGUAACAAUACUUCGCUCAAGAUCGCACUCAAGGUUCAGAACCGUGAAGCUAAUUUUCGUCAUCGUCGUGGUGUUUUUCGUGGGCUGGGCGCCGUACAAUGCCACGGUAUUUCUGAAAUCGCUGACCGAGCUGAGUGUGAAUGCGUUUACGGACUGCAGUGUCAGUACAGGGGUCGAUUACAGCUUUUCCGUUUGUCGUCUGAUCGCCUUCUCCCACUGCUGCCUCAACCCCGUGUUUUACGUUUUUGUUGGCGUGAAGUUCAGGAACCACUUGAAGAUGAUUCUGCACAGGGUUUUGCAGCGACAAUCCAGCAUCGAGCUGCAACCUCGUAGCAGCAGAUAUAACAUCCACUCCCACGGCUCUAUGUACUGAAAGCAGCAUGUGAUUCAUACUCUGUAGCCUACCAAUGCAAUGCUCUAACCUGCUGAUCAGAUUUGACGGCAGUGUGACUUUUUUUAAAACCAAAAAUUUGCCCAUUCUGGUAGCUGGGUGGGUGGUAUGUCAUGGAGACUACUCAAAAGUUACUCAAAACUCAAAAUUUAUUUCCAUUCAAAUAAGUAAAUGGAUGAGAAGUAAAGUUUUUGAUUAGGAGGUUUUUGACUUCAGCCCUGCUAAACCAUGAUGCCAUCACCUCCAGGUACCAUCGGUUUAAAAGAUGUGCCUGUGGAUACUUGCCCAGAGGUUUUUCUUUGUCUGUUUUCCUCACAUCCAUUUCAUCUUUCACCCAUAAAGUGCCAGUUGAAACAACUUGUCACCUCAUAAAUCAUGAGAUCACUUCACUUAGAAUGGUUCAGUUGGUUUUGAUUACUCUGGAGCCUCUUAUAGGACACAGUCAAAAAAAUAAACAGGCCAUCCCAUCAGUAUCUUCAGUUUAUUACCUUCUAGCGUCUUCAUUUUACUAAUCCUCAAUUUACAGUGAGUUUACCUCGCCCAGAAAUCCAGUUAAUGUAAGGGUAGGAAUUUCUAAACCGGGGGUAGUCUGAAGUUUGACAGAUUGGGGGUGCAAUUUAAUAGGCCAUGGAUAUGGAUUGAUAGAUUGAAGGUCCGGAUUAAAAAUCAAAUUUUACUUUUUGACCGUUUCCUCGAACAGGGUCCACACAAUCCUUGCACACCCAGAUCGACAGAUGUGAACGCUCAAACA